CCAUUUGCACCCCGGAAAAUGAAAAGAAGUCAAGGUCAAUAUUUUCGUUUACAGCGGCAUUUGAAUUAACUCGAGUUGAAAUAACGCAAAGUAUUUCAAUAUUCAUUCAGGAAAAAAUAAAAGAUAACGUUUUUACUCGGGAAAUACUGUGGAAUCGGGAGUCAAUUAAGUGAAUAGAUAUUCGGAUAACUCGCUGAGAUACCGAGUUGGAAAUAGAUCUGUUAACUGAAGAACGCAUUUUUGUAAUCUUUAAUUAAAUACAAAAAGUACUGAAUGGCUGAAUUCUCUAGCAAAGUUUUGGAGUAUGAAAGAUUUGUAAAUGAAAAGUUAAAAGAAGAUCUGAGAUUAAUUCUGGAACAAAGGGAUAAAUCUUACGGACAAAUUGCAGAAUAUUUGCAGCUUAAAACAACCAUUGAAAAAAUAAAAGAAAGCAAGCAAACUGAAGGUUUAAAGACAAAAGUUGAUAUUGGAUGCAAUUUUUAUGUUCAAGCGAACAUUCCAGAUUCUUCAAGAAUCUAUGUUUUCAUAGGAUUUGGGUUCUUUUUAGAAAUGACACUUGAUGAAGCACUAAAGUUUAUAGGGAAAAGGACCAAAUUACUGAAUGAGCACACUGAUAGACUAACAGAUGAUGCCGCUAAAGUGAAGGCAAAUAUACGGCUAGUCCUUGAAGGUUUAAGGGAAUUACAACAAAUAAAUAAUGAACCCGAGACACAAAGAAGAGAGAUAUUUUAAUUCAGUCCACAGUGGAAUUUCAUGGCAAAAGACAUCAUGAUGGAAUACCAUUGCAAAACGUGGUUAAGUACGAAAACCUUGACCAAAAACUGUUCAUCAGGGAAUACUGUGGCAUAACAGCUGUUCACAAUGGAAGACCAUGGCAAAAUAUCAUAAACAGUGGACCAACAUGGCAAAAGACAGUUCAAAAUGGAAGAAAGACAGUUCACAGUAGAAUACAACAUUUGGCAAAAAAAAAAAAUCCAAAAACAGUUGACUUAGACUAAGACGAGGAUGUCCAUAGACAGUCCAUUGCUAUAAUUUUAUGACUUAAAUUGAAGAGUAAAUAUUGCUGUUUGAAGACA